CAAUCAAUACAUCAACAAUUCCAAUCUUCCAUUCCAUGAUUCCUUUCAAGCCUUGCAAAGCUGCUUUUCCAAUAUAAGAAAUCACCAUAAACUGCCAAAAGGGCCUCUUCACAUGUCUUUGUUUGUAGUGAAUACAAAGUUUUCUAAAACUCUGAUUACAGUUGGUUCUAACACCAACCUGCUCACGGGCUCAUUAUAUGCACAGAGUCCCAAUUGUCAUGUUAUAUAACAAUGCUUUCGAUGUCAUCAUUAUUCACAGAGAAUCAACUAUAACUAUAUAGAUAGAUAUAUGAUUAUUGUAGAAGCUUCUCUUUCCUUCUUCUCCCAUGUUUGCUUCCAUGGAGCCAGUGUUUCUCUUUCUCCUCCUCCUUGCAUCUUUGCUUGCUCACCCACUUAGUGUGGUGGCUCAACCAGCACAACCCACAUCUCAUAUCUCUGUAGUGGGUGCUGUAUAUUGUGAUGUAUGCCACAACAACACUUUCACAAGACACAGCUACUUCUUGCCAGGUGUGGAUGUUCAUAUACAAUGCAAAUUCAAAGCAAACACACCAACAACCACAGAACAGAUCUCCUUCUCAGUCAACAGAACUACAGAUGAACAUGGAGUGUACAAGUUAGAAAUGCCAUCUGUGGAAGGGGUUGACUGUGUGGAAGGUCCAGCAAUUCAAUCAUUGUGCCAAGCGAGCUUGAUAGGAAGCUCAUCAUCGGCCUGCAAUGUUCCUGCUUUAAAGGCCACAUCUAAUGAGAUAACAGUCAAAUCAAAACAAGGCAAUCUGUGUAUUUACAGCUUAAGUGUUCUGAGUUAUAGACCAUUUGAGAAGAACCUUACUUUAUGUGGAAACCAGAAAGAGGAAAUGCCAAAUUCAUUGUAUUCCUCAAAGUUCUUUCUCCCUCAUUUCCCACCAUAUGGUUUCCCCUGGCCUCCUUUACCUCAACUACCACCUUUACCUCAACUUCCACCCUUCCCACCUUUCCCCUCAUUUCCCUUCCCUCCACUACCUCCUUUACCUCAACUUCCACCUUUACCUCAACUUCCACCCUUGCCCUCAUUUCCCUUCCCUCCAUAUCCACCUAUCCCUUUUUGGCCAUUCCCUCCAUCACCAAUUCCACAACCACCAUCUUUGCCCUUUCCAUUUCCACCCAUCCCUCCUUUUAAUCCAAACCCAUCACUGCCUUUUCCACCCCCUCCACCUGCAUUCAAUCCCCGAGACCCAAGAACUUGGAUACCCAAUAUUCCUUUCCUCUCUCCUCCUCCACCACCAGCAUUUAAUUUAAGAGACCCAAGAACAUGGAUACCAUAUAUUCCUCCAUCCCCUCCAAAUAGCCCUCAAAACCAGCAACCAUGAUAUUGGCUUUCACUGCUUAUAUUCUUCAUUUAUUACAAAACAAUUAUGUAUAAUUAUUCAUGUUUACAUAAGAAAGGUAUUGUAUGAAGUUGUAGCAUACAGAAUAUGUUUCAUUUAAAUGAAUUGUUACAGUGGUCAAUGAAA